UAUCCAUCCAAACCUUUUUCAAUCGAGGCAUUCCCUUCAAUCGAUUCCGUAUUCUUUGCCAAAAAGGUCGAUUUUCAGGAGGCUGCGACCAACAACAUCUUCUUCCCAGUCAAACUCCAAAUCUAUUGAGAAAUCUUCAACAUCAAUGGCAUCUACUUCGCAGCAAAGAGUACCAACAGCUGAGGAUAUUGAAAAAUACAGGAACAAAUUUGACACUGUGGUUGACCCUAAUUUGGGAACGAUUUCCAUUCCUGAUGAUUUUUAUAACAAAUGGAAAACAACUUUUGACAAACACAAAUUUGGCUGGAUACGAGGACCUAACUAUAAGAUGGUUGAUGUCUUAUAUGAAAAAACUAACACUGGGAUGAUUCUGACAAAUGCAUCAAGUGUUUCAAAAUGUUUUGGUUUUGUCAAACCAACCAGAGUUGGAUUGAGUUAUGUCCCAGCAGAAAAUAGAUUUUGGAUGAGAAUUUUACCAGACAAUAGCUCUUCUUGCAAAAGAGUACCAACUGCUGCAGAUAUUGAAAAAUACAAGAACAAAUUUGAGACUGUGAUUGACCCUAAAUUGGCAUCGAUUUCCAUUCCUGAUGAUUUUUAUAACAAAUUGAAAACAAGUUUUGACAAGCACAAAUGUGGCUGGAUACGAGGAGCUAACUAUAAGAUGGUUGAAGUGUUCUAUAAAAAAACUAACACUGGGAUGUUUCUGACAAAUGCAUCAACGGUUUCAAAAUUUUUUGGUUUUGUCAAAUCAACAAGAGUGGGAUUUAGUUAUGUCCCAGAAGAAAAUAGAUUUUGGAUGAGAAUUUUACCAGACAAAAGCUCUUCUUCCAAAAGAGUACCAACUGCUGCAGAUAUUGAAAAAUACAGGAACAAAUUUGACACUGUGAUUGACCCUAAAUUGGCAACCAUUUCCAUUCCUGAUGAGUUUUAUAAGAAAUGGAAAACAUCCUUUGACAAUCAUGAGUUUGGCUGGAUUAGAGGACCUAACUAUAAGAAUGUUGAGGUCUCCUAUCAAAAAACAAACACUGGGAUGGUUCUGACUAAUGUAUCAAGUGUUUCAAGGUGUUUUGGUUUUAUGAAAACAACAAGAGUUACCUUGAGUUAUGUCCCGGCAGAAAAUAGAUUUUGGAUGAGAAUUUUACCUGAGAAUAGGUCAAAAAGAUUGAUGCUGAACAACAAAACAAUCAAACAUGAGGAGUUUACAAAGAAGAAACCAAAACUGCCUUCAAAAGGGGAACAAAACCACAACAGAAAAAGGUCUUCUACCAGACAUUUCAAUGGUAGCAUCAGAGUAAAGGCUACUCAAGCUGGGUAUGAAUGGGAAAAAGUAGUAACUGAAGCAAUGUCAAGGAAAAUUGGAACUAAAGUCCUGCAUAUACCAAAAAAAAUUGCAAGAAUUGUUUUGAAGCCAAAAGUGACCAAGAUUUUGAUUCAAUUUCAAAUCAAUGGAGUAACUUUCAUAAGUACUACAUGCAACAUCAUGGCUGCUAAGAGGAACAAAUUUGAAAGAUACAUUUCAAAAGAAUGGUGUCGAAUCGUUAAGAGGACAAAUUUGAAGGAAGGUGACAAAUUGAGCUUCAAGCUUGAGAAACCUCCAUCAACAUUGAUCAUUGAGCUUCACAAUGUAUAAGGUUGAUCAUGAGUUUCUAUAUUUGAAGUGUUUCAUUUCUCUUAAGAAUGGCUGUUUUUUAUCUUCCAUCAUUAUGUAAUUAUAGCUUGAACUUAUUUUAGUAUGUGUUUGUUUCAGACUAUGUGAAUGUUUGAGAUUAUCGUCUCUAAUUACUAAGAACAAUUAUGUAUUGUAUCUGACUUAUUUCAAUGCAACCUUAUCCAACUUAGUCAGGCA